AUGGAUAGCUCUCAGUUCGAAAAUUUAAUGAGUUAUUUGCCGCAGAUGACAACUACUCCAUUGUCGGCUGAUUCUAGACAGAAUUUACGUUCUAAACCGAUGGAAACUACCAUCAACGAAAUACAAGCCGCUGCCGGUGCCAUUCCUAAAAAAGUUCGUAAAAUGACUAAAGCAGAAUUGAUCGAGCAAAUCGCUGAAUUACAGGAAAAUAUUGAUACGAGAUUAUCAAAACUUGAGCUUUCACACCAGCCCCUCAGAUUGACAUCAACGGUACCUUGCAAUAAAUCUACACCAAAGCCCUCCACAGCACCUAUGAAUAUGAUGAUGGAAGAUAGGCCUACUACUGAAGUUACAAUUAAAAAUCUACAGGCAAUUCCAGAAGUCCAAUCAUCUGUAGCUGCUCAACUAGACUCGAUGCCAAUAAUUGGUCAUGCUGAUACCAGAAGGUUACCUGAUAGGCCUAAUCCUAACGAGUUUUACAGAAGUAGUGCAGCCAGUUUAGGCCUAUUACAAGAUCAUGAUACCGCAGUGCCAGGUAAGCCUAGACAAAAAUCUGGCAUGGACCUGGAAAGUCAGGAAAAUAUAGUCAAUACUGUUUAUUGGCCUCAUGCUUUUACAAGUGAAAUUACUCAUAUUGUCAAGAACAGAAAAGCUCAGAUUAUUUCGCAAGAGGCGUUUAUUUUAGGCGCUGUUAAUAUUCUAAUGCAGCCAGAUACUAUUGUGCCCUUACCAGAAAAACUUGCUAGACUGAAACUAUUAAAAGAUGUUAUGAAGCUGGCAAUAUUAAACGGAUGGAAUCAUGCCCGUCAAUACCACAACUGUGUAUUACAUGGUAUUGAAGUUGGUUCCCAUACUUGGACUUCAUCAUUUGAAAAUUUGUCUCAUUUCACAGCAGUUAAUGACACUAAUUCUACUGUCAGCUCAAACAGUUUUAACAGUGCUAAGAUUAAGCAAUCGAGUAAUGCUAAUAGCAAUACCCCAAGAAUUCAGAACAUUAUAUGCUACAGCUACAAUUAUGACAAGAAUGUGGAUACUGAGUGUGCUUUCUCACGUGAUGAGUUAUCUCACAAUGCUGUAGCUGGUCCAUUUAUUGAUAGGCCUUUUAAUGGACAACUAGUUACUUCACCUCUGCAAACAGUUUGCAAAGAUAGUGUUAAUACUUUAAAACGACGGGUUGUAAUUGAUCUCAGUUUUCCUUUAGAAAAUUCUAUAAACUCUGGCAUAAACCGUGAUAGUUACCUAGGAAAUCCCUUCGCACUUACAUAUCCAACUGUAGACACUUUAGCCCAAUUAAUUCAUACUAAAGACCAGGGUUGUUACUUGUAUAAAUUAGACUUGUGUCGCGCUUAUAGACAGCUACCUGUAGAUCCAUAUGAUUAUUGUUUAUUGGGAUAUCAUUGGAAAAAUAGAUAUUAUGUGGAUACAAAACUGCCCUUUGGUCUUGCUUCUGCUGCAAUGGCAUGUCAGCGCACCACUAAUGCUAUUUCUUAUAUGUUCAAUCAAUUGAAUCAUGAGCUUAGUAUCUUAAACUGGAGAAUCGUCAUUUUAACAUUCAAACGUGGAUAA